AUGCUCUUUUGGCACCAGAACCCCUGCAACCUGCCUCCCUACCCCCAGGAGAACAGCCCUAUGUGGUUUCACAUGGCCCGCUACCUUCUUCAGCAGGAUCUGAACGCCAGGGUUGAAGCAAUCCGUGUCACAUGGAGCGGCAGGCGCCAGUUGGCCUACCAGAAUCUUGCGGGCGACUUGCUCGCGCAGGCCAUCGCCGCCAGCCACGCCAACGAGGCCGAAGAAAUCGCGCAAGUUCACCGCGAGUUCGAAGCCAAUUGGCAUAACCUCAACCUGAACCCCAUCCUCCUCGUCGAAACCUUUCACCUUCACAACAUAUCCAACCCACUCCCACCUGGCCUUUAUCACAGCUCCACACUGGCACCCGUUCCUACGACCCCAUUCUCAAAACGUUCUCCCGUCCUCAGCAUGAACAACGACGUUGCCUCGAACCUCGAGACCUCACGCCUCGACAACCAGUGCGACGAAAUCCACGCUGAGCUUUCCUUGCGACGCCUGAUGGAGGUUAUCAAGGCCAGGAAGGACAUGAAGCACAACCAGAUGUUGAAUGAUAUGGAGGAUGCCGGCGUGGGAGCCAUGGACAGCGCCGGCGAGGGUUCUUCCAGCCAGAGCGAGAGUGUCACCAGUGUGUCUGUCGUUGCGGCCCAGAGCAACGAAGACAACACUGAGCUUCUCCAGCAGAAGCUUCAAGCUUGCAAGGAGGCCUUUGCUUCAGUUCUCGCGAUCGCCAUGGAUAUCGCGGCCUCCCUUGACAUGCCCGCUGCGGGUAUUGUCCAGGAUGAACUCAGUGAUUUGGAUGACGACUUCACUCUCGCAAUGAUGGUCGCUGAUAACAUCUUGACCCUGGGUGAGGGUCAGGACGACGGGUCCUCAUAG